AGUAUCAAACGGUCUCUUGGUACCCGACAAAAUUCCAUGUGAAAAGUGAAAACCACCGUCCAGUGUCUGUGUCAAGCAGAAAGAAUAGUGAAGUGGUGGCAAAUUCACUGAUCCAAAAUAAGCACAAAGAACCCUAACCCCCAAAAUUCUUAAUCAAUGGAACCCGACGACGAGAUUUACGCCAACGGCGGAGCUGAUGUUUCCAACAACCGAAACAGACCAAUCAUUAGUAGCGAACAACUCGACAUCGAAGCGUACGCCGGACUGUACACAGGGAGAACAAAAAUAACGCGAUUGCUGUUUAUCGCGGACCGGUUUGGUCAGAAUAAUAACACGGCGAUGAAGAUGGAAGCGCUACGAAUGGCAUAUGAAGAAAUCAAGAAAGGAGAGAACACGCAAUUGUUUAGAGAUGUAGUGCAUAAGAUUGAUGGGAGGUUGGGGGAUAAUUAUGGGAUGGAUAGUGCUUGGUGUGAGAUGGUGGAUAGAAGAGCCGAUCAGAGGAAAGAGAAGCUUGAGAAUGAACUUAAUGCUUAUAGGACAAACCUGAUCAAAGAAAGCAUAAGAAUGGGAUAUAAUGAUUUUGGAGAUUACUACUAUGCUCAUGGUUACCUUGCAGAUGCUUUUAAAAGUUAUGCCCGAACUCGUGAUUAUUGCACUACAUCAAAGCAUGUUAUUCAUACGUGCAUGAGUGCAAUUCUUGUAAGCAUUGAAAUGGGCCAAUUUACUCAUGUCACAAGCUAUGUCAGCAAAGCAGAACAAACAGCAGAAGCUCUUGAACCUCCUACAGUCUCAAAACUACGUUGUGCUGCUGGAUUGGCUCAUUUGGAGGCUAAAAAAUACAAACUCGCUGCUCGUAAGUUCCUGGAAGUAAGUCCUGAAUUGGGAAAUUCAUACAAUGAAGUUAUUGCUCCUCAAGAUGUUGCAACUUAUGGAGGACUUUGUGCUCUUGCAAGUUUUGAUCGGAUGGAGCUGAAGAGCAAAGUCAUAGACAAUCCCAACUUCCGUAAUUUCUUGGAGUUGGUACCUGAAGUUAGAGAGCUUAUUCAUGAUUUCUACUCAAGCCAUUAUGCUUCGUGUCUGGAUUACCUGGGAAAUCUUAAAGCAAACCUAAUGCUUGACAUCCAUUUGCAUGACCAUGUCCAGACACUGUAUGAUCAAAUCCGCAACAAAGCUCUCAUUCAGUAUACACACCCAUUCGUGUCUGUUGAUCUGCAUAUGAUGGCCAAUGCUUUCAAAACAACUGUUGCGGGCUUGGGGAAAGAACUUGAAGCCUUGAUUGCUGACAAUCAAAUACAGGCACGAAUUGACUCGCACGACAAAAUUCUAUAUGCACGUCAUGCAGAUCAAAGGAAUGUGACUUUCCAGCGGGUUCUGCAGACAGGCAAUGAGUUUGAUAGGGAUGUUCGAGCAAUGCUGCUGAGGGCAAAUCUUAUCAAGCAUGAAUACAAGGCUUCUAGGAAACUUUAAAUGAAUUCCCAGUUCAACAAGGACAGUGGGAACCGUGGCCAACAUUGUCUUGAUUAGUUUCUGGGAUUCC